CAGCAGUGACUCAGCAGUGACAGCCACCAACACUUCUGGCCUUUCUUCCCCAACAAUGAGCGUCUCAAGGCUGCCUGUGAGUUGGUGUGUUGUGCGACUCACUAGAAUGCACACCCACACAAGCGCCUUUGUGCCUCGAGAAGGGCCGCCCCCCCCUGCCAAGGAUAUGCCACCUCGCCCCUCCACAGUGUCAGACAUGAGGCAGCCAGUGUGAGGGUGGUGCUGCUCCGUGGCUCAGUUAGUCCGCCUGUGUCUUAUCAGCAUUGUUUUGCCCCCCACUCAGCAUUGCUGUGGCAGCCUCUCUAACCUUGUGAUUGCUGGGCGCCUGACCCGCAGCACAGCAGACUUGUACACGCUAGGCAAGACAACCCCUCCCCCCCUCCCUCCCCACCCCUGGAGAGGCCAAGGGGCCGUGGGGGAGGCGCUGGCAGGGUGUGCCAGUCAUGGUGUUGUUAGUGGAAGGCGCGCCGCUGCCCCGGUGCCCCGCCUCCACCGAUGAGUUCUUUGCGCGUUGCCCCGGCGUCGCCGAGGCUGGCCGGAGCUUUGCCUGCCAGAAGCUGCGGCAGGUGGAGGCGAGGCACGCGCUGUACGUGGGCCAGGGGGAGUUUGGGGUGGUGCCAGGGGGGGAUCCGAGGGUGCGAGUGGUGGGCUCGGAUGAUGCCACAACCUGCCACAUGGUGGUGGUGCGGCACCCGGAGGGCACCGUGGCCAUCGCCCACUUUGACGGGAGCCGGGGCGAGGAGGCAGCCCUCAGCACCAUGGUGGACAAAAUCGUGAGCCUAGAGAUGGACGGCGAGGGGCUGGAGGUGUAUGUGGUGGGGGGCUACCAGCCGGAGCGGGGCAGCAAGGAGGCGUCCAAGGGCGAGGCGGAGCAGCUCUCCCUCAAGCUGCUGGACGCCCUGGUGCGCCACGACUGCCACUUCCGCCUGUGUCUGUGGUGCACCGGCAGCCUCAACACCACGCAGGGGCCCGGCGGUCCGCGGCCCAAGGUCUACGGCAUGGCGGUGGAGGUCCAGAGUGGGGCUGUCUUCCCGGCACACUUCAAGGCGCAGGAGCCCAACAUGCCCCUCCGUGCGGCCUCCCGGUGGAUGUCCAGCGAGCAGCGUCCCCUCGACCUCUACAACCACGUCUCCGGCACCAUCACCAUCCACCCCUUCCGCUUCUCCGAGGUGGACUGGUUCGGUAUUUACCUCAAGCUGCCUGACGAGGUGCUGCUCAGGAAUUUCUCUACAUCCCCGAAGGUGGAGCCUCCGCACUUCUGCCAGGAGCUGCGGAAGGUGUUCAAGGUCUUCGUGGACCAUCCGCGGCCCCACGAGACGCUCUUCCCCAACGACAAGCCCAAGACAUACUCAAUCAACCCAAGCGGCGUCUGGGAGCUCGUCCAGUGAAGGGGGUGGCUGCCGGCUUCCUGCGGCCACAAGUUUCCCACCUAUCAGUUUUACAAAGCAUUCUUGAUGAGUCCGCUUACCACUUAGUCUGUCCUCUCCAUUCCACCUGGGCCAACAUGGAUUUUGUGUGGAGUCAGUCUUAACAGAACUAUUUUUAUUUUUCUGAAGCACCACCUUUACACAUUAGAAAUAACACAACUGCAGGACGUGAAAAUCGAGUCCUGCAAAACCUGGACUUCCAAUAUUUACACCAGAAGCAGAAGCAGCAGCGCCAGCGUCUAUCUUCCGUUGACUUGUUUACCCUCACUGUGAUGCACCUUAGCUCUUUAACCCGGGCCAGGGACACAACCAUUGGCCAGUCCUGUGAUCUCAAUGUGCUGCAAUAGAAGGAGUGGAAGAGGGAAGGGGUGAAGAAAGGAGCUGAUUGGAGAGGGAUGGCUGGAAGGGGCUUAGAGGGAGGGGAUGUGAGGAAGAGGAUGAAUGGAAGGAAGGGAUUGAUUAGGAGCUGAUUGGAGAGGGGUGAUUGGAAGGGGAUGAAAGGAAGGAAGGGAAUGAGAGGAAAAGGUUGAUUGGAAGGAGUUGAGAGAAAGGGAAAAGAGGAAGAGAAUGGGAGAAAAGAGUUGAUUGGAAGAGGAUAAAUGGAAGGAAGGGAUUGGAAGGGAAUAAGAGGAUGAUCAGAAGGGAAUGAGAGGAAAAGGUUGAUUGGAAGGAGUUGAAAGAAAGAGGAAAGAGGAAGGGAAUGGAAGAAAGAAAUGGAAAGAGGAUGAUUGGAAAGGAGCAAGAGGAAGAGGUUGAUUGUAAUGGUCUAAUUCUAAGGGCUGCUGAUGACAAUGAUGAAAGCAAUAUUUUUACCCGCAAUUAUUAUGUUUGCUUAUGUGACAAUCCUCGGAACUAGUGUGUGUGUGUGUGUGUGUGUGUGUGUGUGUGUUGGGGUUUGCACUGCCAGUAACUACCCUUAUUUUUAGUUCUCAAUGAUCCUUGCCCGCUGUAGGUGUCCAAAACUCUCCAUGGUCCUAAUCCUUAACCCGGUAGCAGCGACGGGACAAAUUUGUGGCUUUACCGUGUACCAGCGACGGGCCAAAUAUGUAUAUCAAUAACACUUUAAUUUUAGGAGGCUUAAACCUUGAGAGAGAGAGUGGAAAUGGUUUGUUUGCAUAGAGAGAACCUUAAAGUACGCAUUACUCAUUCAUAUAACCCCCAAAAAUAGAUGAUGCAUAAACUGAUCACAAAUACGUUGAUAUAUAAAUUAUGAAGUGGUUUGCGUGAGUGAUGAUUCUUUCUCGUUUUUCUCGCUUAGAGGGGCCUUUAAGAAACAUGACCCCCUGCUGCAUUUGUGAUCAGUUUAUGUAUCAUCUAUUUUGGGGGGUUUAUAUCAUGGCACAAAUUUGGCCCAUCGCUGGUACACAGUAAAGCCACAAAUUUGGCCCAUCUCUGGUACACGGUAAAGCCACAAAUUUGGCCCGUCGCUGGUACACGGUAAAGCCACAAAUUUGGCCCGUUGCUGGUACACGGUAAAGCCACAAAUUUGGCCCGUUGCUGGUACACGGUAAAGCCACAGAUUUGGCCCGUCGCUGGUACACAGUAAAGCCACAGAUUUGGCCCGUCGCUGGUACACGGUAAAGCCACAAAUUUGGCCCGUCGCUGGUACACAGUAAAGCCACAGAUUUGGCCCGUCGCUGGUCCACGGUAAAGCCACAAAUUUGGCCCGUCGCUGGUCCACGGUAAAGCCACAAAUUUGGCCCAUCGCUGGUCCACGGCAAAGCCACAAAUUUGGCCCAUCGCUGGUACACGGUAAAGCCACAAAUUUGGCCUUAAGAAUAGGGACCCUGGUUCAAUGUAGUUUCUAAGCACCCAAUCAUAGAGUUAACAGGGCAAGUGUCUUUGUUUUGAUUCGUUUGCCAAGACUUUGAAUACUCUUUAUGUAGUGUAUUAUAUUUGCUAGUUCGUUUGUAAGCCUGCGUGUGUGUGUUUGUGUCUGUUUUUCUGUUGGCUUUAAGGGACAUACGUAUUUCUGUGUUGCUGGCUUAUGGAAUUUCAAGCUCUGUGUCAAAGUAUUUUAAGUACAGUGAGUUUUCAUGUUAUUGUUUUCUCUCUGUGAAGUUUAAGCAGAAAUAUGUUACUUGAGUGUGUCCUAAAUUCUGGAACUCCGAGAACAUAAAGUCAAACUGUUCUUCCCUUUAAAUUUGGGGGCCGAGGGACACAUGACGUCAAUCCUAUGUGUCCGUUUAGGCAGAAGGA